AUGAGACGAAGAUCUUGGAAGUGGCUGCCCAAUCAAACGGGGCAGGAAAGAAGAAAUGCCAGCCAAGGUGUUUACCCAAAGCUGGAGGAAGCGCUUGUCGUGUGGCUCAGUGCCAUGAUCGCCAAUAAAAUCACGGUGUCAGGCGACAUCCUGAAGCAGAAGCCGGAGGUUUUCGUGCUUCAGAUAGGCAUGAAGGACUUCAAGUUCAGCAAUGAAUGGCUUCACCAUUUAAAGAUCCGCAAUUACUUGAAGUUCAAGAAGAUGUGGGGGGAAAGCAGCACCGUCGACGAUUUCAUUGUCACCGAAUAUCGGGAUGAAAAGCUGCAGUCUUUGCUUCAGCGGUUUCCACCUGAUGAUAUUUUCAACUGCGACAAAACUAGACUGUUCUACAAGCUGCUGCCUGAGAAAACACGUGCAUUUGUUGAGGACCACUGCCACGGCAGCAAGCACAGCAAGGAGCGGCUCACUGUCCUCGUUGGCAGCAACAUGUCAGGCAGCGAGAAGCUUCCAUUACUAGUAAUAAGCGCGUCGAAGCAUCCAAGAUGCUUCAAGGGAGCAGUGACUGUGCCUGUUCCCUAUGAAGCUAACAAGAAGGCGUGGGUAAUGCAGCAGUUAUUCGAAGCGUACGUGUGCAAGCUGGACAGAAAGUUCGAGCAGCAAAAUCGAAGAGUUCUGCUGUUUGUGGAUAACUCCGAUGGACCAAGGCGUGGUUCUGAACUUGAGGCAUCAUUACAAAUCCGCAUGGUGCUAUGCUCCGACAACAGGACAAGCUACACUGUUUACCUCAGGUCUGCCGUCAGCAUGCUAGAGGAAUCGUGGAAGGCGGUUACGCAAGAGACCCUGCGGAACUGUUUUCGCCACGUGGGCUUCACACUCGACGCUCAGAUGGCCGUCUCACCCCAAAUGGACAGCGUGUGCGACGAACUGCCAUCCACGGAUGUUGCCUUCGACGAUCUGCGAACUGCCGGCGUGUCGAUUCCAGCCCGGAUAACCUUUGAGGGCUUCGCUGACGCUGACAAAGACCUCGAGCUAUGUGCGAACUUGACCAAUGACGAAAUCAUUCGUCAAGUUUUGGAGGAUUAUGACGACAUCGAGAACAAAGAGCCAUCUCCUACACAGCCAAUGAGCUCAGAGUUUGCGCGAGCACAGAUGACACUGUCAUCGGUGUAUAGCGGCAACAUGAUGUUGACUGAAAUUGAGGCAGACAUGAUCGCGGGCAAGCGGAACGUCGGGCAAAAGAAAAUAGGCGACUUCUUUGCGCCCGAGUGCUGA